GGGAAGAAAUAAGGGUACAAAAGCUGUCAUUGGGGCGGUACCCUUUGAAAAAAAACGAUACAACAAGGGUUCAUAUUAGGUACAUUGUACAUUAUAACUGAUUUAUUUACUGGCAUCACAUUACAGUUUCCAUCGUAUGGUGUAUUUGUGUGUAUUAUGUAAUAAACGGCAUGCACUUUUGUAUUCAACAUGGAAAGAAAUGUAAAUCGUUACUCACAGUAUAUUAUAAGGUUAGUGUAAGGUGCUGUGAUAAUCCCCCAGAUCUCUUGUUGGACUCAAAAGGUGAUUGUUUGGCCUGUCUCACACCUUUUAAUGAGGCCAUCAGAUUAGCUCUGUCACUUUCUGCGUGUCCAUCCUGAUCCCAUUUUGCUCCUUCACCACUAAUCUCCAUAAGUCAAUUAACUCACAAUAUAAAAACCACCACCGUAAUGCCAAAGUCAAAAGAAGGCAGGCGAAACGUGAAGAACGCUCCAAGCAUGCCUGAUAACAUGGCCGGUCUUCAUGGCUUCGAGGGAGAAAACUACUACAUUCCUUUGAGUAACCGCACGGGGUUGGUGCGUGACCCCUUUCUGUACCCGCAAUACUACCUCGCAGACCCGUGGCAGUUCAGGUGUCUGGCUUUUUAUAUUUUUAUGCUCAUCUGUCUCGGUUUUCCCAUCAAUGGCUUGACUCUCGUGGUCACGGCACAACACAAGAAGCUCCGGCAACCUUUGAACUUCAUCCUGGUAAAUCUUGCGGUUGCGGGGAUGAUCAUGGUCUGCUUCGGCUUUACCAUCACCAUCACUUCAGCCAUGAACGGCUACUUCAUUCUGGGCCCGAUGGCAUGUGCCGUUGAAGGUUUUAUGGCAACACUUGGAGGUGAGGUGGCUCUUUGGUCACUGGUGGUGCUGGCUAUUGAAAGAUACAUCGUAGUCUGUAAGCCCAUGGGGAGCUUCAAAUUCUCAUCAGGACACGCUAUGGGUGGAAUUGCCUUUACCUGGUUUAUGGCAAUGGCUUGUGCUGCUCCACCACUUGUCGGCUGGUCUAGGUACAUUCCCGAGGGCCUGCAGUGCUCAUGUGGGCCAGAUUACUACACACUCAGCCCUAAAUUUAACAACGAGUCCUAUGUCAUCUACAUGUUCGUUGUCCACUUUAUAAUUCCCGUCACCGUCAUCUUUUUCACAUAUGGACGUCUUGUAUGCACAGUGAAGGCGGCCGCAGCGCAGCAGCAAGAUUCAGCUUCCACCCAGAAGGCCGAGAGGGAAGUGACACGUAUGGUCAUCCUGAUGGUAGUGGGCUUCCUGGUGGCCUGGACCCCGUAUGCUAGUGUUGCAGCUUGGAUCUUUUUCAACAAGGGAGCCCCUUUCACAGCCCAGUUCAUGGCCAUUCCUGCCUUUUUCUCCAAGAGUUCCUCCAUCUAUAACCCCGUUAUCUACGUGCUGCUAAAUAAACAGUUUCGCAGCUGCAUGCUAACUACUCUGUUCUGCGGUAAAAACCCCAUGGGCGAUGAGGAAUCUUCAGUGUCCACCAGCAAGACAGAGGUCUCUUCGGUGUCUCCGGCAUAACAACCUCCUGCCCCGCCCAAUCACACUUGGUACCCGUGAAAUUUUUGGAACGUUUGGAACUCCUCAUCUUGCAUGCACUCCCACCUUCUCACUCAAUACAAGAGCACAGUUUGCAAAUGAUUGUGUCCUGGGUAUCGGAUAUUUAUAUUCAUUGCUGUACUACACAAUUCUAAUAGGGGACACUCUUUUGGGGGGUGGGGGUCGAUGCCAAACUGCUAGCCCGAAUCUGCAACACUCGCUGAAUAUUUUCCUGUGUGUGUGGGGUUUUUUUUUUUGUUGUUGUUGAUCUAUUGUGGAUAAACUGAUGCAAAUUUUUGCUGGUUUGUUGAAGGAAUUGUUGCUGUAUAUAUUUUUGUAUGUUAACAAGCAUGUAAA